AUGGCUAACAAUGGUUACCUUAUAACACUCAUUUCAAUUCUCAAUUUUCAACUACAGUUUCAAGUUCUUCUUCAAUUCAUUCCCUCUCCGAUCACUGUAGGAGCUGCAAUUCCAGAUGGCACCUCAGCCUAUCUGGACGAAGAAAACAAACCCCAAUCUGCUUCAAUUCAUUCCCUCUCCGCCGCCAAAAAAGUCAUCAUCUUUGGUGUUCCCGGUGCCUUCACCCGCACUUGCAGUUUGAAGCAUGUGCCUGGCUUCAUCGAGAGAGCAGAAGAACUGAAAGGAAAGGGUGUUGAUGAAAUCAUCUGCAUCAGUGUGAAUGAUUCAUUUGUGAUGAAUGCAUGGGCCAAAACAUUUCCAGAGAACAACCAUGUCAAGUUCCUUGCUGAUAGGUCAGCCAAAUACACUCAUUCUCUUGGGUUGGAGCUUGACCUCACGGAGAAAGGCCUCGGCAUUCGUUUGAGGAGGUUUGCUCUUUUGGUUGAAGACUUGAAGGUGAAGGUUGCAAAUGUUGAAGGUGAAGGAGAAUUCAACAUUUCAAGUGCUGAAGAGAUCAUCAAGGCUCUUUGAAGCCCUUAAUGAAUGUUUUUAGUACUUUUGAAUCCAAGACAUACUAAUGGAUGCAUUUUGUGUGUAAUGUUGUGUACACUAAAAAGGACAUGAUGUGUUGCAUAUUAUGGAAAAUAAAAUUGCUUGUUUCAAGUAUG